CUGGGUGACGCCCGCCGCCGCCCGCCUGCCCGCCGCCAUGUUGAAGGCGAAGGUGCUGCUGGUGGGGCCUUGCGAGUCUGGAAAAUCGGUCUUAGCAAACUUUAUUUCAGAGAGCAUUGAAGGGAUUGGCAGCUAUGUCCCGACACAAGGUGUAAGGAUCCUGGAAUACGAGAAGCCAAACUUAAAUGGUGGCAGCAAGGGAGCUGGGUGUCGGUUUGAGCUGUGGGAUUGCAGUGGUGAUCAAAAGUUCGAAACGUGCUGGCCAGCUCUGAUGAAGGACUCCCAUGGUGUAGUAAUUAUCUUCAAUCCUGAGCUGCCCAGUCACCUGAAAGAAAUUGAAAUGUGGUACUCCUGCUUUGUGCAACAGCAGCCAUUGCUAGAUAGUCAGUGUCUUCUAGUUGCACAUCACAAGCCAGGCCAUGCGGGGGACACAGAAAAUCUGUCCUUGGCUUCUCCACUGAACAAACUGAAACUAAUACAUUCCAACUUAGAAGAAGAUCCUGAAGAUGUUCGGAUGGAAUUUGUGAAAUACUUUAGAAGCAUUAUCAACUUACUAAAUGAGAGCAGAGACAAGGAAGAAAUGUCAAUUAUCUCAUAAUGUUAAAAGAAGCACUGAGCAGGGAAGAGGAAGGAUUAUUUGCUUUGUAAGCUAUACUAGCCUGUGAACAGAUCUUCACAAGAAUUUGCCAGUCUAUAAACGCUUCAAAGAAAAUAACACACAAUUUAUGACUUAACCAGAAGAACCAAGUGCUGACAUCAGAUGAACUGUGAUGCCAAAGACUUGGCUGCACAUCCAGGAAUUUGGGUAAAUUUAGUUGCACUGUAGUUUCAUUUGGCAUCAGAGGCACGGGAAAGUAUUGUUUAAUACGUUAGUGUGGACCGAAAGAUAAAGAUAUCAGUCAUUUCUUCACUUCAGAAUCCCUUUUUUAAGUGCUAAGAGAAGAAAGUGUGACAGAACCUAAGAUUUAUGGAGUUCUGUUGAAGUAUCUAAAUAAAGUGUUCAUGUUAGCUGAAUUCUUGGAGAAGUUACGCUUUUGGAAGUCAGUAGAAACUGACUGGAAUAGAGAUCUGAGAAGCAGUUGCAGUGUGGAAUCCACAUUUUGAUGCUCCAAAUUCUCCUUAUCUUUCUGUUCAGCAUCUGAAGAGAACACAUUUCAUAGCUAUUAUCUUGACAAGACAGAGUAACUUGCAGUCUUCUUCAGGAUUAGGAUUUUCUUCCAGUCCAACAAAAUAAACUUGUUGGUUACAAUGUUUAGCAUGUUCUGGGUGGAAAAGAAUCUAAAGCUCAGCAUAAUACAGCCACUUUGACCUAUGCCAGGAGCACCAAUAAAGCAAGCACUGCAUUCUCCAGAGGAGGAAAAACUGUUUCCAAGCUUGUAUUAUUGUGCCCUGUAGCAUUGAAACAAGUGAUUUCACAGAUAAUUUACUUUCUGGUUUGUUUGCUUUGCACUCAUCCCUGUUCUUCUCCGUGUGUUUUGCUGUGGAAGACAUUUUUCUGUAACAUUUAAUACUAAGGCAAUAAAACAUUUUUAGAAUGUA